AUGGCCGCCAAUGGCAGUUCUAAUGGUCUUGCGCACGAUGGUGAAUCGGUAACCUAUUCCAGCGGCAAUACCUCGAACCCACCGGAUCUACGCUUCAUUCACUACAACGACGUCUACCAUGUUGAGCCAGGAUCUCGAGAGCCGGUCGGUGGCAUUGCGCGGUUCAAGUCGCUCUGUCAAUACUACCAACAAGACGCAAGUUUCAAGGGCCAGUCAGAGCUUCUCACGUUCUUCAGUGGGGAUGCCUUCAACCCCAGCCUGGAGUCUUCUGUCACCAAGGGACGACACAUGCUAGGCGCCUUGAAUGGAAUUCGCACGGAUGUUGCUUGCUUGGGCAAUCACGAUCUCGAUUUCGGCGUCGAGCAGUUUAGGUAUCUGGCUGCACAGUGCAAAUUCCCUUGGUUGUGCGCGAAUGUCCUGGAUCCUGCUUUGGGCGACGAAGUCCCGCUAGGCAAUUGCAAGCGGACAGUGAUGCUCGAGUCGUCAAAUGGAAUCAAGAUUGGCGUGAUUGGUGUCGUUGAGCGCGAGUGGCUCGACACGAUCAACACCUUGCCUCCAAACUUGCAAUAUCACAGCGCCUCCGCGACGGUAGCUGAGCUGGCGCCGAAGUUGAGAGCAGACGGGGCCGAGAUGGUUGUCGUGGUAUCUCACCAACGUGAGCCAAACGACAACAAACUGGCGACCAAGCUGCAGCCUGGGACCAUCGACAUCAUCCUGGGAGGACACGAUCAUUACUACCUUCAUUCAGUCAUUAACGGCACGCACGUCCUACGUUCAGGAUCCGACUUCAAGCAGCUCUCGUAUCUGGAAUGCUGGCGGAAAGUAGACGGAAGCAAAGGCUGGGAUUUCGACAUCAUCCGGCGCGAUGUCGUUAGCUCCAUUCCACAGGACCCAGAGGCCGUGGCGAUGGUUGAGAAAAUCACAGCUAGCCUGCGACCAAAGCUGGAGAAGCCGAUCGGAUACACAGCAGCGCCUCUGGACGCCAGAUUCACAACCGUCCGUUUGAAGGAGUCAAACUUGGGGAACUUUAUUUGCGACCUCAUGAGAUUCCACUACGGAGCCGAUUGCUGCAUCAUGGCAGCUGGAACCAUAAGAGGAGACCAGAUCUAUCCACCAGGCGUGCUCCGGGUCAAAGACAUGAUGAACUGCUUUCCAUUUGAAGAUCCCUGUGUUGUGAUUGCGCUCAAGGGAAAGGACAUUCUGAAGGCGCUCGAAAAUGGUGUAGGACAGUAUCCUGCGCUUGAAGGCCGCUUCCCACAAGUCAGCAACAUCUCGUUCUCUUUCGAUCCAUCCAAGGAGCCGGGAAAGAGAUGCUUCGAUGUCAAGGUCAAGGGCGGGCCAAUUGACCUAGAGCGCGAGUACACGCUUGCCACGCGUGAUUACAUGGUCAGAGGUAAAGAUGGGUUUACCAGUCUGAUGCUCGACUCGAAUGGCGGCACAGCGAGGAGCAUUGUGAGCGAUGAGAACGGCAUGCUCAUCUCCAUGAUUCUUCGGCAAUACUUCAUGAGCCUGAAGAUCUUGGGUCGAUGGAAGACGUGGUCUUCGCACAUGGGUGAUCAUUGGGGCAAGAUCCACGACGGCCUGCAUGAAGUCCAUCCUGUGCAAGAACCGGUCACGCCAGAGAAAUCCUCGCCGCCCCAGACGGCCAACGGGAAUGUUGACGAGGAGAAGGUCCAUCCCAAUGGAGAGACGCGCAAAUCUCUCGUUGGAACCGCACAGCACGAUGCUCACAUCCCGUCGCGUCCGGCGAAGAGUCGAAAGCUGCACCAUCAACAAUCUUCGCAACUGUCGGAUUCAGACAGCGAGGAUGACGGCCCUGAUCACCAUGGCGUAGCACCACUCCACCCGAAUAGUGAGCGAGAGGACAUGCUCAAGCGAAAGUACACCCACAAAUGGAGACGCGUUGUAGGAUUAUCUCACCCGGGAACGAUAGCACCGAAGGGUGAGGAUUCUGGCGUGCAUUGGACCAAGGGCAUCUCCCCACGAACCGAGGGCAGAAUCACCAUGGUUGGCGGCACGUCGUGA